AUGCAGACCUUCAAAGCACCCGACUUCUUGGAAACCGGGGCCGUGUCGUCUCGCUCGCGCAGCCCCAGUGUCGUUUCCACCGAUUCGCAGUUCUCCCGAGUCAACCUCAUGUCCCCGCCAACCGUGAGGCCGCCCCCCGCUUUCAUAUCGGCAUCUGCAGCUUCAGAGAUCAUCUCCGCCGAUCAGGAGUUCAAUGCCGCCGACUUUGUUCCCGAGGAUGAGGUGACUGGCAACGGUGCCACCGCGCUGGUGACACCCGCUGCACUCUCGCUCCUAAACGGGUUCCUGGAUAACCUUCUUUACAACAUUCUUGCCUCGUCCAAAUCAACGCAAAUGGCGUGCAUUCGCCCCGCAAUGGCCGAUGUGCUGAAGCCCCGACUUGCUCAAGAAGUCGUGGCUGCGGCCGAAGAAGAACUGAGCGAGUACAUGGGCGGAGAGGAGGACGAGCAGACUGAAUUUCGCGGUGGUCAAGAACCUGGUGGUGACUUUGAUCUGGUGCGGUCAUGGAAAUUGACCCGUCUGAGAUGUAUGGUCUACACCCGCCUCGGCGACAUGGAGGAGGACGACGAGGACGAGUUUAUUGCACAAGAUGGACUUGGUGAGAACGAUGGGGCACCCCGCCGAUUCACCAGUCAUGUCGACAACAUCACUCCUGCAGCAUCUAUAUUCCUUACCUCGAUUAUUGAAUACAUCGGUGAACGUGCGCUCGUUAUCGCUGGCGAGACAGCGCGGUCUCGAUUGUUGACACAACUCAACGACGAUGAGAUGAUCGGCCCCGAGGAGGAGCGAAAGAGAAUCACUCGAUUGGUGGUAGAGGAUCUCGAUAUGGAGAAACUGGCCCUGAAUGCGACCCUGGGUCGGUUGUGGCGGACGUGGAGAAAGCGCAGGCGCGGUACCACCAUCUCUCGGACUUUGUCUCGCGAGUCUAUUCGCCGCCGCGGGUACUCUAUGGCAAACAGCCGGAAGAGCAGUAUUGCGACCAUUGAAGAGCCCAUUGCACCCAGGGAGCCUGUUCCCCCCGUGGAUGUUCCCCCACCUUUCGACCCCGCUACUGUCCCUCUGCCGAUGAGCGAUUACGAUGUUCAGGAAAUUGAGGUUCCUGGUUACGUUGGCGAUCUGGAAGGCGAGGUGCAGACCAUGGAGGCUGUUGUUGCGCACAAAGUGCGACCGCGCAGUCUCAUGGUCUUCUCCUCGCCCUCCCUGCUCUCACGAUCCCCCGGUUCGGCAACCAACUCUCCUUUGAGCGCGUCGGCCAUCGAACCCCCCAAAUCGUUCCGUCACCACCGCACAAGGUCUUUGCCGACUGGGGCACCUCCCCCCGACGAGGAGGAACUUGUGGUGCCCGAAGACCAACCCUCGCCUACCCCAUCUGAGAAAAAGCAACUCGAGACUAUGUACGAAGAUGACGAGUCUGCAGAGUUUGUAGAUGCAGCCGAGGAUGCAGUGGAAACCACCCCUGGCAUUGCGAUCACCACCGAACCAGGAAGCUCGCGAUCACCCGAAGCUGCAGAAAGUUCCGAUGAUGCAAGAAGGUCAACUCUGCAUGAGGAAGCAGUAGCGCCUCCAGCGGUCAACGAAACCAUUGCAUCCUUGCGUGCUAUCGCGGACGAUGAGGAUUUGACGGAUCAAACCAAUAGUGCCCGUAUCUCCAUCGCGUCCCUGGGCGAUCGACCGAAUCAGAAAGACCCGGAAGUAAUUGAGGGCACUGGGACCUGCGAAAAGCCUAAAUUGACUUCGGAAAUCCAGCGACCAAAAAGGCAGCCCUCUAGGGAUAUCCUAUCAUUGCAGGCAAGGUCAAUCUCUCCACAGACUAGUGACUCCCAAAUGCAUGCCGUUGAGGGGCAGAUCCCAACGCAAGGGAUAGAGUCCACGCCGCCAUCUGUGACUCCCGUCGAGGCUGUCACUUCUACUGAUCAAGAUGCGACUGAUCAAGAUCAGAACAAGACGAUGAUGAUUUCCACCCCUAGUGGGUCCCUUUCUGAGGGCAAAGAAGACACUCAAACUUCAAAAUCUCAAGGAUUCCCUCUGGAAGACUCCCGCCCAAAUUCUGCUUCAGGCGAUUCUCAACGGUCGAAGAUUCGCCCAAGACCUGCUCCUUUGGUUGUCGCGGGGAGUAACUUGAGCCCCUCCAGUGAACGCGCUGCUGUACAGCGCAUGGGUCCCCGCCCAUCGACAUCAGGUUCUCCCUCCCUCCACUCCCAUUCGCGUCGUUCCGGUAGCUUCGGUAGCGCUCGUGAGAUCAAGCGCCCAGUCACAGCUGGUUCAACAACAUCCCAAGUUUCCAGCAGGCUGAAAGGCCUCAUGGGUCGACCGCAAGGUGACGGGCACUCGCUCCGGUUGCGCAGCUCGUCCGAGACAAGUCGUGCAUCUGGCGCCAGUGCAGACUCCGCAGACAAUGACAUUGCCGACUUGGACAAGUUGAUCAACAGCGACGAGACCAUCCACUUUACCCUCACCCCGAAGAGUGUGAGGGAGAUGUCCUUCCCAGAACCGCCCAGCCGCCCAAUCCCCCGCUCAACCGCCCUAGGCGCCGAUAGCGCGAAUGAGCUCCUGAAAACCAAUUCCCCGUCUAGCGAAGAGAAGCACCGUGCCCGUGCUUCAGUUUCCUCUAAGGCAACUGGGGCAACCGCCGGUACUGCAGGCACCGGAAGCAGUGGUGGCAUGACAACAGCCUCUCGCACAAGAUCGAUCGAGUCCAAGCACAUCCCAAAUUCAGCACGCAUCACCCCCACUUCUUCAAUCUCGACGUCAAGGUCCAACAAGGCGGCCCAAGCCCGCGACGAGCGGGCGCCUGCAGAUUCCACGAAUGACUUCGCGGAAUUCAUGAGGUUGACUGGCCCUCCACCCGCGUCCACCAACGCGCCGCCCAGUGCACCUGCUAAUGCAGCUGCCAGUAUGUCGCCCGAGCCAAAGACUCCGGCUUCAAUCGAGCCCAAGACUCCAGUCUCAAACGAGCGACCAAAGCCUGUUCGCCCUCCUUCUAGUCAGUCAGUCGCAUCCCGCGCUACGGCUACAUCCCGCGCUACAACUACAUCCCGCGGCAACAGACCCAGACUUCAGGCUCGGUCCGCCGAGACCAAUGGGUCAUCCUCGGACCUCAUCGACUUCAUUCGCGAGGGCCCCCCAAUGCCAGCAGGUGCUCACCGGAUCCCUCGCACGGUAGCACCUUUCCGCAACACCAUUGAUUCGGAUGAUCUUCAUAUCGACGCAACUAGCUCGACCGCCAGUACGGGCAACGGGGUCACGCCAGACAAGUCCAUGUCCUCACUUGGCUCGCGAACAGGAUUGUUGGACUCGGCGAAACAGAACAACGCUACGGCAUCGGGGAGCGCAAUGGCUUUCGACGACCCCCAGCCUCCUGCUCGGAAGCAACGACGCGUGCCAGACCCCUAUGCCAUCGAUGACGACGACGAUGAUGAGCUAUUGGAAGAGCUUUUGGAGUUAGAGGAGAACCCUAAGCCCAAGCGUGAGGAGGAGAGUAUGAUGGACUUCCUUCGCAGUGCCCCUCCUCCACCCUCAUCCGAUGAACCUCCUCAGCCAUUCUUGACUUCCAAUCCCGCGUCCAAUGGCUCUUCCGGUACCUCUGGGAUGAAAGCUCGCUUGCUCCGCGGUACCCAGAACCCCCUCCGCCCCCAGAAUACCGCCCCCAAGACCCCCGCCAACUAUUCGGCAAAGGUUGGCCAAGAACGCUUCCAAGGCUCUAUGCCAAAUCCUUCAAACCGCAAAACCGAUACUAGCGAUCUCGCAGACUUUCUGCGAAACUCGGAACCCCCGCGUCCGCCCCAACCGGCUCCAAAGCCGAAGGAUGGCGGCUUCGCUCGAUUCUUCACACGCCGAAAAAAGACAGAAGCCUGA